AGUAUUUUAAUAAAUAUGUUUAGUGAUGGAGCUCUGAAAUCGGAAUUUCUUGGGAGGCAACCGGACAGGGAGAGAAAGGAAAGAAGCAAGAAAAUGGAAGAAGAAAAGGGAAAAAGUUCAGACCUUGUAAUUCUAUCUACCAAAGAGGAGACUUCAGUUCCAGCCCUAGUCUGUCUGAGAAAAGAGGACAUUAAACGUUUCGAGGAAACCGAGGAAUGCUUCGUCUUAGACUUCGAUCCAUUUCACUCGCUCGACUUCUCCAAGCUUUCCUUGGACCAUCAAGAUGUCUCCAUUCUUGCUGAAAAGGGCGAGGUAGCUUGCAGGGAUUACCCGCAUCCAAGGCAUUUGUGUGUCAAAUUUCCGUUUACUGCAACACCUCACGGGAGCUAUUGUGAAAUGUGUUACUGUUAUGUAUGUGAUUCAGCUGCACCAUGUAAGUAUUGGAACCCAUCUACACUCUCACACUGUGAUGCAGAUAGCGAUGAUGACUGGAAGGAAGAAAGGAAUCGGAAGAAAUUUCAAAGUAUUCUCGCUAGUUAGAAACAAAAUGCAGAAGGAAAAACUCUUGUUUAAAUUUAGGUCCCCUUGAAUGUGCAUGGAAAGUAAUGGAGGACAAAAUCAAAUUGAAAUUAAGCCAAACGUAGCAUUUUUAACGUUUCAACUUUUAGUUAAUUUCACUGAACAUAAUCUUUAUCUUCCAUCUAUAGUGUAAAUAUUAGAAAAAUAAAAUAUUGAGUUGUAUUGAGAAGUUAAUCCAAAUUCACUUUUAAUCA